CAUUAUGCUUCUGAACAUGUUUGCCUACUCAUGCAUAAAUGUAUUCUCUUAUAUGGGUGAUGGCAUUAAAGUAAAACUAAGAUCUUUUCAGUAAAUAAUUGAUUAUUUGCCAGCUAUAAACCAAAUCCUUUAUAAACUACAAUAUAUGCAAAUUAGGUGUAGGCCUAUUGUGUUAGUGUCUGUAGCUAAUGCAGGCCAUACUGUAAUCUGCAGAUGAUGCUUGUGUCGAUGAAGUUACACAAGCUAUUGUAAUGCAAUAUUUUAUCUUAAACAGGUAGGCCGAGGUUAUGGCGGUGUGUGUGUGAGAGAGUGUGUUGUGACUACACACAGCAGCACUGUAUGGAAAUAUAUCCCCGGCUUUGCACAAUGCAGAGGCUGCAUCUUUAUCUCCAGAGAGUGUCCUCCCCCCAACUGUACGCCUUCCCUCCUCCCUCCGGAGCAGCCAAUGGCAUUCUCAACACACAGUUUGCAUGCAGCCGCGGUUGUUGGGUUCGAAAAUGCACAGUGCUACAGAUGAAAUACGGUAUUCGCAAAGUUUCUAUUUCUGACAGCUCAUUGUAAAUAACAGCCCAAUCUAGUUAAGUGCUGGCUUUCACGUCCCUCCUCGUGUGGUUUUCGGAAAGGUGAGGAAAUAUCCUGCGGUCGUUCAGCAGCUCUCGUUACCUUUUGGGAGGUGAAGGAGUAAUGUCUUCCAGGGACCGCCAUUCCGAUCUCUACAUCAAGGCCGAACCCAGCAGCCCGGAGGGGGCGGGCGGGGGCCGCGGCAGCCCCGGCGGUGCGUCCUCCGACUCGUCCCAGAGCGGCGGCGGUGGCAGCGGCGGAGGGGGCGGCGGCUCGCGGGGAGACGGUGUCGGGCGCUACUCGCCGCCCCUCUACACGCCCGCCCUGCGCUGCCACUUCAAGGAGGAGGCGGGCGACGGCGCCGAGGAGGGCUCCACGGGCAGCGGAGGGGGCGGCCGCUGCAAGUACGCCCUCAGCACGCUGCCUAAGCGCCUCUGCCUGGUGUGCGGAGACGUGGCGUCGGGCUACCACUACGGCGUGGCCUCCUGCGAGGCCUGCAAGGCCUUCUUCAAGAGAACGAUACAAGGCAACAUCGAGUACAGCUGUCCGGCAUCCAACGAGUGCGAGAUCACUAAGCGGCGCAGGAAGGCCUGCCAGGCCUGCCGUUUCACCAAGUGCCUCAAAGUGGGCAUGCUGAAGGAGGGAGUGCGCCUUGACAGAGUAAGAGGCGGGCGGCAGAAGUACAAACGUCGGCCGGAGGUGGAGAAUGCCACGUACCAGAGUGCCCCGAUACCCCUGAGGAAAGAGGGGGAGAAGGGCUCCUCCAACGUGAUCGUGUCCCAUCUGCUGGUGGCCGAACCGGAGAAGCUGUUUGCCAUGCCGGACCCGCUGCAGGCCGACACGGCCCAGCGCACACUCACCACCCUCUGCGACCUGGCAGACCGGGAGCUGGUGGUCAUCAUCGGAUGGGCCAAACACAUCCCAGGCUUCCUGUCCCUGUCCCUGGCGGACCAGAUGUCCGUGCUGCAGUCGGUGUGGCUGGAGGUGCUGGUGCUGGGCGUGGCCUACCGCUCCCUGGGCUGCGAGGAGGAGGUGGUGUUCGCUGAGGACUUUGUGCUGGACGAGGAGAUGUCCCGUGUGGCCGGCCUCACGGAGCUCAACGCCGCCAUCAGCCAGCUGGCGCGACGCUUCCGCUCGCUUGGGCUCGACCGCGAGGAGUUUGUCAUGCUCAAGGCCAUCGCGCUCACUAACUCGGACUCGGUCUACAUUGAGGAUAUGGAGGCGGUGCAGAAGUUGCGGGACCUGCUUCACCAGGCGCUGCUUGAGCUGGAGUGCCAGCGGCGGCCCGAGGACCCCCAGCGCGCCGGCCGCCUGCUGCUCACGCUGCCCCUGCUGCGCCAGACGGCGGGCCGCGCCCUCACCACCUUCUACGGCAUCAAGACCCGUGGCGGCGUGCCCAUGCACAAACUCUUCCUGGAGAUGCUGGAGGCCAUGAUGGAUUCUCCCUAGACGACGACGAGGAGGUGGCGGGAAGACAUGACUUAGAGAGAGAUUGGAGGGAGAGGCAGGAAGGAAUCACACUCCCCGACGCCCUUGGAUAGAUGGAUGGAUGGAUGGAUAAAAAUGGAUGGAUGGGUCAUGGAUGGAUGAAUGGCCGGGUUAACGGAGGGUUGGGAGUAGAGGGAGAACUUUUUGUUAGAAGAAACGGUCGCACCUUUGGUUGGAAAGGGUUGACCAUUGAUCCAUUUUUGUGAGAUUGGGAGUGUGUGUGUGUGUGUGUGUGUGUAGCUGAGUGGAUGGUUGAAUUGAUGGAUAGCGUUAAAAUGAGAGGACAUUUAAAGGAAGGAAGAAAAAAAAUAGAGGGAAAACUUGUGUGACUAAGAAAAAAAAGACGUAUGUCCAAAGCACACCAUAGCUGUCGAACUCUAACCUGUGUGUGUUGUCCUGUGGAAGCGAAUGAAAGGAGAGGCAAACUCCAGCAGAAAUACUAGACCAGUGCUUAAAGCCAUACUCAAGAACCCUUCAACUUAAUCUCCAUCUGCCAGCUGUAUCCCCAGAAUGCCACGGAGUCACAGUCUUUAUCUGUCUGUGAAGCAGAGCAGAGCGAGGACCCGAUCGUCACAGUUCACACGCUUUCUGUGAUCAACUGACAAGACUUUGAUACAGUGGGCCGGUAGAGAUUAGUUUCGGUACGUACGUAUGGGAAUGUCGCUUUUGAAUUUCACUUUACAUUUUACUCAGAUUAGUCAAGACGUUCACCAUGUUCACAGGGCACUUUUUUUAAUUAUCUAUUCAGACAAUGACAUAAAAAAAACUCGAUUCUGUAGUGUAGGAAAGAGGCAAUAUAUAGAGUUAUAAGGUGUACCGUGCGUUCCCCUUCUUGGAGUACUAAACAAGCUUUACCUAAUCCACCCCUUCCUAACCCCUCGCAAUGGCUGGUUAUCAGACGCGAAGCAAACCCACCUGCGAGACCCGUGUUUAAUCUCAUAGAUGUAAAUCAUUUAUUCCUGUGUACAAAAAAUAAAGAUACACACUAGCAGUAUUUGUAUUAGACCCCAUCUAAACCACAUUUCCACCUUUUAAAAAUGUUAAGAAUAUGCUAAAAAAAGAGAGUAGUGUAAUUACAAAAAUGUAUAUGUAACUCACUUGUUUCCUACAAACUAACUGUUAUCGUACAUUCAAGCCAUACACAGCAGACAUGUUGCAAACUAAAAACACAAAUUGAAAAUUGUCACUAGUGUGAGCGUACCCGUAGUUGUCGCUGCAAUGCUCCGGGCUCGGAGGGCGAAGAAGCAUAGCUUAAUUACAACGCAUCACAGAAACCGAUCCAACGAAUAGCUUCAACACUUAAACGCAGUGUGCUUUCUGUAGCUUUUAUUAAAAAACACUUAACCUCUUCCCUAAAAACCUAAUAACUUUUUUGUAGUAUAGAAGUAUGCAAGAUGUUGAGAGGAAGUAUAGCACCUUGCUUGUGAUAUGCACAGUCAGGCUUUAAAACGGGAUCUCUCUGAAAACCAUUUUGUGUGUCUGUCUGACCCAACAGUGAGACAGCAACAUGCACACAGCAUGGUUUACAUGUGAGGAUGUGUGUGGAACAGUAUAAUGGAAACCCAGAUGCAAUAUUUUUAAAGCAAUAUUACUACAAAAUGUCUUGUAGAGAGUAAUAAUAGUUAUCAACGUGGUGGUGGUGAUCAAUACAGUUUCAGUGUAUUCAACGUAAAGAGAUGUGUUUCAGAACGUACGAUCUGUUGGAAGGGAAUGUCACUCAGCUCUCAGUCAGUCACCAACCAGAUUCACACCGGACUUGUCCACCAUAGGUGGAGGUGUUGAACGCUCAUGAAUCUCCUCAUUGUCAACCUAGUUAACGAUAACAAGCUCCUCAUUGCGACGAUUAGCAGUCACACGCUCCGUCCACAAAUGCGCAUUGUGGAGAGGAAAAAUGCAACAUUGAGGGAAAAAAGGAGAAGUUCGGGUAGUCUCAUGAGAUGUUUUGGCUGUACACAGCAAAUGUUUGAGUCCAAAAAGGGAAAACCAUGAUUGUCAACUCAGAUAUCUGUCUGUAUAUAUUAGCAUAAAAUAGGCACAAUAGUUUUAUUUAUACAGAAAGUUGAUAAAGUAGAGUAGUAGACAACGUUAACAUAUGUGUUUGUAUCUAGUGUGUGCGCGUGUGUGUGAAUGAGUGUGUGUGUGUGUGUGUGUGUGUGUGUAUAGAGAGCGAGCAAGUUAGUACACUGAAUAGUACACAGCGAUUCCACUGUGUUGUACAACCGAUGAUGGUGCAUCAAGAUCAGGGAAAAAGCAAAUCCCCAGCCCUAUAGGCAACGGGGGGCCCAGCCCCUGAAAUAGUUGUGUGUGUAUUUGUUGGAUCUUUUUUUUUUUUUUUUUUUAAAGAAAACCUUUUUCAGAGGAGCUGGUUUAUUCACCGAGGAAAUCAAAAUGGAUGAUCAGCUUUCAACCUCUGAAAUGAAAAUUCUGUUUUUUAAUUAUUUUAUUAUUAUUCUGGAAAACACACCAACUAAAAAAAAAGUGAAUGAAAGUGACACACCGAUUCAACCAUUGUUGAAGCAGGCCUGUGCUGGACUUUUGCCAUAGACUGACAUUUGACCUGUUAAGGUCCUUUAAAAGCUGUGUGGAACCUUUUACCUGCUAGCCAUUGUUGGCCCAGUGCAACAUUUAAUGCAACACGGUGGAGCCUCACACUACUGGGGAAGGAGGCUGAGGGGAGGGGAGGGAAGGGUUUUCAUGAAGAACCCAAUCACCAUUCUUCAGUUGGUUUUUGUCACUGCUGUGCACCAUUGUUUUCAGACUUUUGUCUGGUAUAUGCAAACAUAAUCGGUUCGGACUCCCACAACUAUGCUACCUUUUUGUCAUUCUUUCUUUCAGACAUUUGAAUCACUUGAAAGAAGACCACCUAAGUUGACGUUCUGGUUGUCAAAGUGGUGUUUCAGUCACUACUUACCACCACUGCUACUACUACUACUACGCAAAUCUGAUUCCCUUAUGUGAAAUUCGAGGUUACAUGUUCAUUUCAGGGUGCUCUCUUAGUUUUCAUACUGUAAGCUGUCUUGAUUGUAUGUGUGUACAUUGUCAAAUAGCUAUUUUGACUUUGGCAGUACACUGUAUUGGCAAUGGCUACUGUAUCCUUGAUGGAGGAGACACAGUUGUCCUUCUAGAGCAGAACGAUUUUGCCAUGUAUAAGAACAUACAGUACUUCACAUAUAUAACAAGUGUCCUCAAGUCGUGAGUGACGAAUGCUUCGGUACGCUAAUAUCUAAUGUUUGUUUGUUUGUUUGUUUUUUCUCUUCCUUGUAGUUUUAUGAGAUGGGUUUUUUAUGAUUCUCUGUCCAGUUAGGGAUGAUACAGUUUUGCUUGGCCUCAGGUUUGGUAUGAGAAUUAAAAAAAAAGCAAUCCACGAGAGAAUGUUGUGAAUGUUAGUUUUGUAUUGAGCUCAUUUCUUUUUUAUUUUAAAAGAUAAACAUUGGUUUGUUAAUGGGUACUAAUUGAAUUUUGGAAGAAACACAAAAAACCAGGGAUCUUGAGAUUUUUAAACGUGAUUGAUUUAUGAGUUUUUAGUAGUAAUUCUGAUAUUGCUUGCAGGCUUCAGACACAAACUGUAAGUAGUGUUGAGCACUGCAAGACAGUCACUUGUUAGUCUGCUUGUGUUAUUUCCAUGUUCUUCUACUAAUAGACAUUGCCAGCCUUACUGUUGAAUGGCGUACAGUGCAGUACGAGACUGGGAGUGCAAUGGCAGACUUUUAAGUAUUUGUUCUAGACAAACUAUUUUUUAUCUAUUUCUCUAUAAACUUUUAAUUUUUUUGGCCCUAAAAAAAUGUGUUUUCAUAUUCUGUUCUUUUUCCAUUGAUUUUUGUACGCCCACGUACAUGUUUUCUCAGUUAAAACUUGAGAGCAUAGAGUGUGUACAUAGUCAUGGAUAUCUGGGUCCAUACAGAGUUGUAAGAAGAAGAAAAAAAAAUGUUGAUGUUUGUGUCAAUAAUAUCUCUAAUGUUAUAAUUAUACUACCAUGGUGUUCCAUACGGAUAAUCAUUAUAUAUUGCCAUCUGUCUGUCGAAUAUUGAGGUGUUUUGAGAGAUAACAUUAUUUAGAGGUAAUUUAAGGUCAUCUAUAGGUGUUAGUAUGUUUGUGUAUAUUUAUGUAAAUGAGCAAUACAACUGAUUACCAAAACAUUGUUUCACAUUUCCCUGUAUAUUCACAUACUGUAAAUCAAACCUCAGACGUAAUAAGUGGUAAUAAUCCAUAGUAAUAAUGAAGCUUAUUAUUAAGUUAACGAACAAAUCAAUAUUUGUAUUUUAAAAAUAUUGUAUUUAAAAAAGAUUAAAUUCUAUUUUUUACUCAAUUUGCUGAUGUUUGUUAAUAUUUUUUUGUUUGUUUGUUUUGCGUGUGGGUUUCAGUCUAAUGGUUGUGAAUGUCUCUGUGUACUGUUUCUUUCAGUCAAGCUAAAUGGUUCAGCAGUAGUGACUUAUCUCAACUUGUUCAUAUUGAAUCACUGUGAGACAAGAAAAGUUCUUUAAAAAACCACCAGAGGAAUAGUAGGGAUAUUUUAAACAAAAGAUUGUUGGUGUUUUGUGUUUUGUAAUAAAUUAACAGACGCCAUCACA